AUGGCGAAGGACGGCAAUAUGCAGGCGUUCGUGAUGGACUUCAUGCUGGGCGGCGUGUCCGGCGCAGUGUCCAAGACGCUGACGGCCCCGAUCGAGCGCGUGAAGCUGGUGGUGCCCCGCUACACUGGCAUGGUGGAUUGCGCUCAGCGCAUCAUGAAGGAGCAGGGCUUCAAGCGCUUCUGGGAUGGCAACCUGACGAACUGCAUCCGUUACUUCCCGACCCAGGCCUUCAACCUGGCCUUCAAGGACACAUUCAAGAAGAUGUUCCCGAAGUACAACCCCAAGACUGAGUUUUGGCAGUUCUUCGGCGCCAAUCUGGUGUCGGGAGGUUUGGCAGCCGCUGCCAGCAUGACCAUCGUGUACCCGCUGGACUACGCCCGGACGCGCUUGGCUUCGGACGUGGGCUCCGGCAAGAAGACCUUCACCGGACUGGGCGACUGCAUCGUGAAGACAGUGCAGGGCCCUGGAGGCUUCUUCGCGCUCUACACCGGCUUCGGCGUCUCCGUGUGCGGCAUCAUUGGUUACCGCGGCUUGCAGCUGGGCACCUUCGACACCAUCACUGGCCUGAACCCCUACAAGAAGGACAAGGGCAUUUUGGGAGCCGUGAGCACCUUCGCCGCCGCCCAGACCGCCAUCACCAUCGGUGCGGGUGCCACCUACCCCUUCGACACCGUGCGACGACGCCUGCAGAUGCAGUCCGAGAAGCCUCCAGAGGAGCACAUCUACAAGGGAACCAUGGACUGCUUCAAGAAGAUCGCCGCGGAGGAGGGCCGCGGCCUUGGCAUGGUUGCCGGCCUCUACAAGGGCUUCCUGGCCAACGUCGUGCGCAGCGUGGGCGGCGCACUGGUGCUGGCGCAGGGCCGAGUCAAGG